UCCACGUGCAAAGUGCAGUUGUUCCAACGAUGGCUCCGACGACUCCGUCGCGUCGAGCCUUUCACAGCGACACGCGCAACUUUGGCGGGCGCGUCGCCGUGUACGAUGAACUGAUCAACCACCAAAUGAAACUGCUGAGUAUCAAUCCCCAAUCUGGUUCUGCAUCGGGUAGCCACCGUGGGCCCAAUCUGGAUAUAUCCUUACGAUAUUGACGUAGCAAAGACAUCCAAGCCUGGCAGCAUUGUGUCCCUACGUCGGAGUCGCCUAGCUACGUCUGUGCAAGCCACCGACCUGUCAGCACGACUCAGCCGCAAUCGCAAAAGCGCCGAGAACACAACGUUGGUGGACCAUCGCAACCAGAUCAAAGUCAUGAUGCACAAGAUAUUGCACUACUCGAAAAAACAGCAUGUCCAGUCGUCCAGUCGACAGCUGCUGCCUUCUACCCCCGCAAAGUACAACAAGUUCAACAUCCCCCUGAAAGACGGAUUUGGCAUCCAGCGGCAAAUCGAUGGCCCCAUCCACGAUGAAGCCAAGCGUCGGUUGCAUGCCAUCCAUGUCUAUCGAGAUGAAGACAUCCACAACGAUAACAUCGGCAUCCGAUCGGUGCGGUCCAUUCGAUCUGCACCCCCCAAGAGCCCCCGCACCCACGCCACGACUCAAACCAACGUGCUGCUCUUGACGCUGCAGCUGCACUUAACUGAGCGGCGCAUCUCCGUGCUGGACUUGUUUGGUCAGACCGAUCGAGUAGGCGAUGGGUCCGUGUCCGUGUCGGCGUUGCGGUCGAUUUUGUUUCAUUUGGACCUCGGGUGGACGCAACACGACAUUACGUUGCUCGUACGCGCCAUGGACCCCCACGAAACCGGUGUGAUCCUACCGAUAACGGUCGAGUCCCUUCUACGCAAGUUGCAGCAGCCGCAUUUGGGCACGCCGGCCAUCACACCCCAGCCAAGCCCUCUUCUUCGGACUAGACCGUCGUCGUCAUUGUAUGGGCGGCGCGUCCAAGAUCUGCGCAAAGCACUGGCGUCGCCACGGAUAGAGCCAUGGAGUAGUACGGCGAUCAACCAAGACGUGUCGUCGCCCGGGAGCAUUCCAGCAUCGGAUUGAGUAUCACGUCGUUUGCGAUGACGUCACACUGCCCGUGGGAUGCCGUUUUCACCCGUACGACAUCGCAGAUAUUAUUAUUUAACACAAUCUUGUUUGGCAACAACGAC